CCUUCCACCAGCUGAAGUUGGUGCUGCAUGUGCGGCUGUAGUGAGCCGGGUUGGGGCUGGGGACAUCGCGCCCCCGGCCCCAUGCUCCUCUUGGGUCUACUUCUGUUCUCAGCCCCGUUCGGCCUGUUAGGGGAAGAGACUCGACUGGUGUCUCUCGAGGUCAUCCCUGACCAUUCAGGCCCCCCCGAAAAUCUGCUUCACAUCCGGGCAGUGGGCGCCAACUCCACACUGCAUUAUGUGUGGAGCAGUCUGGGCCCGCCAGCCGUGGUGCUGGUGGCCACGAACACCCCCAAAAGCCUCCUAAGAGUCAACUGGAGCCUGCUGCUCUCCCCUGAGCCCGAUGGCGGCCUGGUGGUGCUCCCUAAGGACAGCAUCCAGUUUUCUUCUGCUGUUGUCUUUACACGGCUGCUUGAGUUUGACAGCACCAAUAUGUCUGACGCGACAGCAGAGCCCCCUGGAAGACCUUAUCCUCCCUACUCCUUGGCCGAGUUCUCCUGGAAUAGCAUCAACAACACGCUGGAUCUUGCCACUCUGAGCGCUACAUUUCAAGGCCGUCCCACGCGUGACCCCACCAAGUCCUUUGCCAAUGGCAGUCUGACCUUCAGGGUUCAGGCCUUCUCCAGAUCUGGCCGGCCAACCCAACCCCCUCGUCUCCUGCACACGGCGGACACCUGCCAGCUAGAGGUGGCGCUGGAUGGGACCUCUCCCAGGGGAAACCAUUCCCUGUUUGGGUUGGAGGUCGUCACCUUGGGGCCGGCCCCUGACUGCCCCACAAUGAAGGAACAACACUCCAUUGAUGAUGAAUAUGCACCUGCUGUCUUCCAGGUCGAUGCUGCUGGGUGUGGGCACCCCUCCAGUGGACACUUUAUCUCCUCUAGUCCUGGGCAUUAUGGUCGUGGCCCUGGGUGCCCCCUGGCUCCUGCUGCUGGGGGGACUGGUGAUUCUGUUGCUGCACCGCAAACGGUAUUCCGAAUACCAGUCCUUAAACUGAAGCCCACUCUCCACAAGGAGGGUUGGCGAGUGCUUCACCUACCCCAUUGUGCUUUGGAUCUCUGGAGCCGAAGAGUCAACAUCCCCACCUGGUCCUUUUCUCCCAUUUCGCUUCUCCGCAGAACUCAGACCAACCUGAACUUCUGGGACCCCUAGUGGUAGGGAUGGGCAGGGCUUACUUCCUACCUUGGAGUGGGGUCAAAGGCAGUUAUGCCAAAGGGAAGUUCACCCUUGGUGGUGCUUCCCUUCCUGUCACCCCCAUUCCUCUCUGAUGGGACUCAACAGAACUGAGCAAAAGGCCUUUUUUAAAAGGGCUGGCUAGACCUCAUGCGGUGGCCUAGAGGCUAAAGUCCUUGCCUGGAACGUGCCAGGAUCCCAAAUGGGCACCAGUU